CAUUUGGCAAAAGUCUUAGGGGGGUUUGGGCCGCAAAAGCAUUGCCUUGGAAUCUGGGUUAUUACUGGAUGAUUUACUUGUCAAGUCUGACCGCGAUAAUCAAUCUCCCAUGCCGAAUGUACGGCGCGGUGAAUCCUUGAAUCAACUUGUCUUUUUCGCGAUAGCAUCCCUUAGACAAAAUGGAAGAAGACAGUGAGGUCUACGUUGACGCUGCCGAAACGCAACAUGGGCAGGGAGAUAAUGGGAUGCGGAAUGGGGCUAGCCAUUCGAGACUUGAACCACCCGGGGCCGUCGCCUCAACGGGUUCAGACGACUUCGGCAUGGAUGUGGACGAGAGUAUGGAGACAAGAGAUGUCAUCUCUCUGAGUGACGACGAUAUCGUGAUUGCUCUUAUGGGCGUCACCGGCUCUGGGAAGAGCACGUUCAUCUCACUGCUAGCAGAGCAGUCGGUCCGCAUUGGCCACUCCCUGAACUCCUGCACCGCCGACAUUGAAAUCUACAGCUUCCAAUACGGCGACCGAACGGUCUACCUUAUUGAUACGCCCGGCUUCGACGAUACGUCGCGUUCCGAUACCGAGAUUCUGAAGGAUAUUGCCUUCUUCCUGGCGGGCAUCUACUCACAGAAGGUCCGGCUCGCCGGAAUUGUCUAUCUCCAUCGCAUCAGCGAUCCCAGGAUGCAGGGAUCGGCGCUCAAGAACCUGCACAUGUUCCAGAAGUUGUGCGGCGAUCGCGGCCUCUCGAGCGUGGUGCUCGCCACCACUAUGUGGAAAGGCCUCGAAGCCACCGAGGAGGGCCGACAGAUCGGCCAGCAGCGCUCCGAGGACCUUCAGAAACCUGAGUUCUGGGGUGGCAUGAUCAAGCGUGGCAGCCGCAUUGUUAAGCACGACGGCAGUCCCGAGUCGGCCAAGUUGAUCGUUGGCAGCCUCAUCGACGCUGUAACCACGGGUGGUACCAACGGCGAAGACUCUCGAGGUGCGGUGCUGGACAUCCAGGUCCAGAUGGUGGACGAGGGCAAGACUCUCGACGAGACGGCCGCUGGACAGUUUGUCCAAGCCGAGAUGCUCGAAGCCCGCCGCCGCUUCGAAGCCGACCUAGUCGAAUACCAAGCCAGCAUGGAGAUGGCCCUCCAGGAAAAAGACACCGAGAUGUUUGAGCUCCUCCGCAAAGAGAAGGAGGAUGCCGAGAGACGGGCUGCCCAGCUCAACGCGGAUCGCGACAAACUGCGCGUCUCACUGCAGCAGCUGGCACAUGAAAAGGACGCCAAAUACCAGGCGCUGGCAGCAGAGGUUCAGGCCGAGCAAACUCAAAAGAACCAAGAAUCCAACAACGCCGCCGCCUCCGCCUCACCGGAGCUUCUUCAGCUCCAACGUGAGCUAGCCGCUAUCCGGCGUGAACUCAACGAGAACAAGGCCCGCCAUACUUACGACCUCCAGCGGCAGCAAAUGACGCUCGAGCACCAGCUGGAAACCGAAGUCCGCCAGGAACGCUUGCGCGCUAGAGAACGUGAGGUUGCGCUCGUACAGCAGCAAGCCGAGCUCGAGAGCAGGAUCAAAGUCGAAAUGCGCCGCGGCCGGAAGAGAGGCGGAGGAAACCUGGCGACUUCUAUGUGCCAGGCAAUAGUCAAUCUCGUGGUUGGGGGUGGCAGUCAAGAACUCGGCGGUUUGGCGUACGGUGUGUUGGAUCAGGGUAGGGGGAGGAGGGGGCGUCAUGGAUGAGUAUCAGAGCUGUCGGUGUUUCUUUCCAAGAACGAUGAGAAUACUAGCGCUAGAGUACUCACUGGUGGAGGUUGUUGUUGUAAUUAAUUCGCUUCUUCUUUGCCUACAUCACACUGCCUGUCCGGGGACCGUUCUUGUCCUUGGGACGGGACGUCUCGACGUCCAGUCUCCCCCAGUUCACUCCGACGAAAACCCGCGAGCAUCGUGUUGCAGAUGUGAGGCCGUUCUCGGUCGCAGCCUAAGACCAGACCUUCAUCUUUGACGCAAAGGGGGGGGAAAGACCAAAUAUCAGGGUGUACCGACGUAUUCGGAUUUGUUGCGAAUUACGAUGCAGAGGCAGCGAGGAGAUGGUGGGGUGAAAGAAAGCCCACCAUCCUCCAGUCACUAAGAAUGCGGGAGCCCCACACCCAGGGACCUGAAACAGUAUCCU